AUGUCUGAUGGCCGCCGCCACAGGUUUUUCGAGGACUAUGGCGUUUGGCGCGAAGCUCCUUGUCUAACUGGAAGCACCCGUUUCGAGCCACUGCCCGACGUCAAGAACAUCAUGAUCACUGGCGGAGCUGGUUUCAUUGCCUGCUGGCUCGUUCGCCACUUGACAUUGACCUACCCGGAUGCCUACAACAUAGUGUCCUUUGACAAGCUUGAUUACUGCUCGUCACUAAACAACACCAGGAUGCUCAAUAAUCGACGGAACUUCACGUUCUACCACGGCGACAUCACAAACCCCGACGAGGUCCUCGACUGCAUGGAGCGUCACAACAUUGACACCAUCUUCCAUUUCGCAGCCCAGUCUCAUGUUGACAACAGCUUCGGCAACUCUUAUGGCUUCACCCACACCAACGUCUAUGGCACGCACGUCAUGCUCGAAAGCGCCAAAAAGAUUGGCAUCAAGAAGUUCAUCCACAUCUCCACCGAUGAAGUCUACGGAGAAGUCCAGGAUGACGAUGACGACUUGCUGGAGACGAGCAUUUUGGCACCCACAAACCCAUACGCCGCCAGCAAGGCUGCCGCCGAGAUGCUGGUCAACUCCUACAUGAAGAGUUUUAAGCUGCCAGUCAUCAUUGUGAGAAGUAACAACGUCUAUGGUCCACAUCAGUUCCCCGAGAAGAUCAUUCCCAAGUUCACUUGCCUGCUCAACAGGGGCCGUCCAAUGGUCCUCCAUGGCGAUGGACGUCCCACGCGGAGAUAUUUAUUCGCGGGUGAUGCUGCGGACGCCUUCGACACAAUUCUGCACAAAGGCGAUCUCGGCCAAAUCUACAACGUCGGAUCAUACGACGAGAUCUCGAAUGUCCAGCUGUGCAAGAUGCUGCUCGAAGAAAUGGGCAGCGCGAUCGAGUCGCCAGAGAACACAAACAAAUGGAUCAAGUACACCGAGGAUCGCCCGUUCAACGAUCACCGCUAUGCGGUAGACGGAACCAAGCUUCGAAAGCUCGGUUGGGACCAGAAGACAACGUUCGCAGAUGGCUUACGCAUGACUGUCAACUGGUACAAGCAGUUCGGUGAGCAAUGGUGGGGCGAUAUCUCCAAGGUGCUCCGGCCUCAUCCUGUCGUCAAGGACACCGAGGUCAUCUCGGAUAAAGAAGAGGCUGAGAUCUCCGAUACUCCGGUGUACGCGUCGAAGAAGCGCAAGGUAGAGGCAUAG